CACAGGCUCACACACAGCUAUGUCUAGUCACUGCAAAUUGUCUGUUGUAUGUCUUUCCGUCUGACAGCUUUUAAAUCAUAACCAUCACAUUUCUCGUCUUUUGGUGGCAUGUUUGAAAAAAAAAAAUGACACACUCUUUUGUUUUUGUUUCUCCUCUUUUUUUCUCACAUAUCUCUCCCUUUUAAAAAAAAAAUACAAUUCUUAUAUUCUUGACCUUUCAUGUUCAGUUAAUUUGUGGCCUCGGGUCUGUCCUCUCUGUCAGCUCUUUAAACACAUGACCCUCCUCACCACAAACCUUCUGCUCACAAGCGCCUUCAAUCGCAGACAGAUUGUUCCAGGAAGUGUUUCCUGUGUGACGUGUAUCCUGCCCGCUCUGUGUUGUUUGCAGACAGAUCCCACGGCACGGUGCGCUGAGUUUCAGUAAGCGGUGAGACAUGUUAUCUCAUGUAUCAGUGAGAAUCAGUGCGUGUGGCUUCCGUCUCAUGUUGUUGGUGUUGCUCAUGUGCCGCUUCAAGCCACUUUGAAAAACGUAAUCUGAACUGAAAUGGAAAAUUAUUUUGAUGAUUCUGCAGAGAUGAGUGGAAAAAUCUUACGUUUAAGUGCCUCAUAGACUUCUUUCCUUUUUCACAUUUCUUCUCUAUUGGUCUAUAAUCUGAUAUAUGAUUAAUGACGCGUUCAUGUGUCCACCUUACUUUCUCAUUAAUUCAUUAAUUCAUUCUUUAGUUACUUUGGUAUACACACCUAACUUGAUGUGUCUUUCGUUAAACAGAUUUCAUAACUCUUUUGUGGAUUUUAUUUAUUUUGGCAGCUCGUUUGGUCACUUCCUGCUUUGAAUCUUAACACACCUGAUAAAUGACACAAGUGUGCAGCAGAGAUUUACUUUUCUGAGUCAUGUGCUCGUAGGUCUUUAAAAUAGCAAGGGGGGUGAAUGAUUUAUAUAUUUCUCAUCAAUCUUUAAUAUAGAAAGCAAAAUAUGAAUAAAGUUGAAGCAUGUGGCUUGAUUAUUGCUUAAAAAUGGAACAGUCUGUACCCUGAAUAUAUAAUUAAUAAACUUAAUAGGUGUUCAUUCUGGUAGAUUGAUCUCAGCUGUAAUUAUUGUAGCCCUGUGUAUCAGCAGACAAGCACAUGAUUAACUGAAGAAUGUCCGAACUUUAAAAAGAAAAAUUCAAUCUAUUUUACUUUUUUUUUUAAGCAAUUGCUGCAGCUGCUGUGUGUGUGUGUGUGUAUGUGUGUGCGUGUGCAUGCAGGUUUAUUAGGGCUGGGGCUUUGACAGCGGGGAAAGGGAAUGAUGUAGUGCUGCGCAGUAGUAUGCUAAAGGGAAAAAACUGCAGAUAGUUCACACUAAGAAAAACACACUUACACAUGAUGAUUUCUCUUCCUUUUUCUUUGUAUCUAUCUUACUGAGAAUCUUGUUGUCUAUCAAUAUUUCCACCUGUAUUAUCUAUCUCUUUGACCGUCUCUCAACCUAUCCAUCUCUGAGUCUAUUUCUAUCCCUCGCUUUCUCUUUCUCUCUCUUGUGUACAUAACACUGCUCCGAAGGCAGGGCUCCAUGUGCUUGCAUCUGAUUGGCUGCAGAAUAAAAAGAUGAUGUCAUUCUUAAUCGGGAGGUGCGUAUCGUUUCACAUACACACACACACACAACAUAGAUGAGAGAGAAUGGAGGGUAGAGAUCCUGCUUCAUAGCAGAUAGAGAAUGAAAAUGAGAGCAGGGGAAGAACAAGAAGGAGAGAUGAGCAGCUGAUAAAAAAGCAGAGAUAUGAUGGGAUCUUCAAAGAGAUGUGGGACUAAAAAGAGACAAUGAGUGACACAAGAUACUGAGGCAGGGAGACAAAGGGAACAGCUAAUUUGAGGCAAAAAUAAUGAAGAAGGAAAUGGUGAAAAUUGGGUAUUUUUAAGUCAAAGGCGGGGAUGAAGGAGGAUUGCAAGAAAAAAAUACAGUGAGAGAGAGAGUAUACUGAAGGAGUGGGAGGGAGGUCAGAAAGAGAGAAAGGGUGAAGCGUCUGGUAAUAAGAGCUUGAAUCUCUCCUCUGCUGGAGGAGAAUCAGCCGUUCAAACAACCAAACAGAUCCUAUUGUCUCUGCUAUCAAUGUAUCCCUCCAUCUCUCAUGUGUUACUCAUACAGCACAUGACACAGUUGUUUUAAGGCAGGGGAGACAGAAGACAAAAGAAAGGAAAAAAGAAAUGCAUGGCACGAAAAAUAAAUGUCCAUUUUUCAUUUUAAAUGAUGUCAUUCUUUACUGUAAGCCUUUUAGUUCAAAUGCUUUUUCCUUGUUAAACGUAAACCCUUGUAGCUCUUCACAAAGUGAAGCAGAACAUUAAGUUGCUGCAUUAAACCUGUAAAUAAUUCAAUUUUACUUACAAUUUACUUCAAGUUGUUUUGACAGACGCUUUAAAAAUGGUUCUUUACUUAUAGAGGAGCCCUCUUUAAGUCCCUCUGACAUCACACAGUUCUUCAUGCUGAUGUGAGGAAGCCUUUUUUUGUACUGUUUUUCACCAGCAUCUCUUUAACUUGUUUUAAACAUUUGGACAGAACCGUAUUCCUACUAUAAAGUACAGACAUGUACAAUGUUCUCUUUCCAAACAUAUUUAGGUUGACUUAUACAUAGACAGUCAGCUAUUUCUGUUUCCACACCACCAAAUCAAUGCUUGAUGUUUUUUUUUGUUUGUUUUUUUUUUGUAAUUUUUGAGUGUGCUGUCAGAACCAGCUUCUUAUGAUUCCCAGUUGGUAGUCUAAGGUUGGAUAAACCACACUCUGUAAUAAUCUGCAUCAGCUGUCUGAUCCCGGUAUUCUUUUAAUAUUUUACAGCCACAGAUGCCUCGUCCUUGUGCCUUUAUAAACUCAGUAUUACGCUUGGUGUUGUUGUAUGAGAGAUUUAUGUGCAACGCAGUAUUCUUCUUUUUUGUCAAAUCCUGUCCUCUGUGUUGCAAAUCCUGCUUCAGAGAGGGUUUUUUUUGGAGGGGGAACACCCAUUAUUGUCUUCUUCUUUUGUGUCAUGAUGUGUUAGCUUUUGCCAAAAAAAGAAAAGCCAGCGUCUGUCUGUCUUUGUAUCUGAUUGGGGCUUUGUGAUUUAUGCCCCCUCCUCCUUUUUUUUGAGUAAUUUAUGCUCAAAAAGGGGAGAGGGUUGCCUCAAUACACUCAGCUUUCUGUUACCAGCCAAUCAAUGAAGAUGCUCCCUCUCUUCCCUCUCUAUCUCUGUCUUUCCCAAUCCCAUCUUUUUCUCUUUCUGUCUCUCUUCCACAUCUGAUCUGCAGCCAAUCCAUCUAAUGCAGUUUGCCCCUGCUUCAUCCAUGCCACAUCCCAUCCUCUCUCCCUCCCUCCCUCUCCCUCUCGCUCUCUCUCUCUGUCUCCCUCUCUCUCUGCACAGGUGAUGUCAUUCUUUUUCAGCUGGAUUCUCCUCCCUUCUCCCUCCUCCCUUGCGCUCACUCUCCCUCCUCCGUUUCCCAUUAGCGGCUGGCUCUCUCCAGCGCAGCAUCCUAUCCGCCGUAUAGCUUCUCUCUCUGAGGGCAGGAGGGGGAGGAGGAAUACCGGCGUGAGGUGUCAGCGCUAACCAGGGGAAGAGAGCUUGAAGCCGGAGUAAAGGAGUUGGAUCACCGGCCCCUGCCAUGCAGCUGCACUGCUGGGUACACAUCUGCACCGCUGGUGCUCUGUAGGGAGAGAAAGAGUUGCAAAAAGAAAGAAGUUUGACAGACGUGGAUUGUGAUUGAAGAGGAAAGAGAGCUGCAGGAAAAUGAUUCAGGCUUUCAGGAGGUGAGAGGGGACUGUUUGGAUGACUUUAAGCCAGACAAGAAGCCUCUUCUCAGGGGGCUGCAGAUGCAAAGACAAGCCCCUUUUUUUUUUAUCAAGCACUGGCUUCAGCUAUUUAGGAGGGGAAACUCUGCUUCGUAAAAGAAGACAAAAAUGACUUAAUGACUUCAACAUUGAACUUUGAUCUGCUGAAUUUGGAUGUGAACUUGGAUGGCUUUAUCUUUACAACCUUCUUCUAAUGUGGGAUUAGUUUGAAGUAUUCUGCAGGUUUUCCAGUGCUGAAGUUUAAAAGGAGUGUUUGAAGCUCCACUGGUGCAUAUUGAACGCUUCAAUAGAAGAGAGAAGACCGGACAAAUACAUGGAUUUCCCUGGACUUGAAGACUCCUUCUGUUGCGACAUCUGACAGACAGCGAGCCAAAUUUUACACCUUUUUUUUGCCCAAUCUAGUCAGAGGAUUUUUUUUUUUUUUUUUUUUAAACUUCUGAACAAUAUUCUCAGAGACGUCGACAUCAGUGCUUGCUCUCCUCUUUUACUUCAUAAUUAUUUUUUCUUUAUCUCUUGGUGAACGAGGGGGGAAACUUCCCCUCACAGGCACCCUCCCUCCCGCAGAAAUGGCUUUCCUGGUCCGUUGCUAUGCCAACUGCUUGCAGCCGUGGUCCUCCAAACUUCCUGCUGACCUCAAUAAGAUGCACUUAACUGACCACGCCCAUCAGCAAGUGAUGCACAUGCCUCCCAGCCAAUCAGGGUGCAGCAUCGCAAGUGACUCGGGCAGCAGCAGUCUGUCAGAUAUUUAUCAGGCCACGGAGAGCGAGCUGGGAGAUGUCGACCUGUCCGGACUUCCAGAGGCUGCAGUGGACAGCGAGGAAGAGGAGGAGGAAGACGAGGACCUGGAAAGAGCUUCAGACACCCUUCUGGGCCGAGACCUGGUCAGGGAGUGUCUGGAGAAAGACCCAGCCGACCGCAAUGACGACGACAUUGAGCAACUACUGGAGUUCAUGCACCAACUGCCAGCCUUUGCCAACAUGACCAUGUCUGUGCGCAGAGACCUGUGUAGCGUCAUGGUGUUUGAGGUGGUGGAGCAGGCUGGCACAGUCAUACUGCACCACAAACAGGAGCUCGACCUCUGGUAUGUUAUCCUGAAUGGAGCCGUGGAGAUCAGCCAUCCAGAGGGGAGAAUGGAGACUCUCUGCAUGGGCAACAGUUUUGGCAUCUCACCGUCGCUGGACAAACAGUACAUGAACGGAGAAGUUCGCACCAAAGGGGACGACAGCCAGUUUGUGUGCAUCGCCCAGGAGGACUACUGGAGAAUCCUCAACCAUGUGGAGAAGAACACGCACAAGGUGGAGGAGGAGGGAGAGAUUGUGAUGGUGAAGGAGCACCGGGAGCUUGACCGCAGCGGGACCAGAAAGGGACAUAUUGUCAUCAAGGGAACCCCUGAGCGAUUGAUCAUGCACCUGGUGGAGGAGCCUUCGGUGGUGGACCCCACCUACAUCGAGGACUUCCUGCUGACCUACAGGACCUUCCUGUCAAAUCCAAUGGAUGUCGGCAAGAAGCUGCUGGAGUGGUUCCAGGUGGACAGCCUGCGGGACACAGUUACAAGAAUUGUGCUGCUUUGGGUCAACAACCACUUCAAUGACUUUGAGGGUGACCCAGCCAUGACACACUUCCUGGAGGAAUUUGAGAAACUUCUAGAAGUGACUAAAAUGAAGGGCCAUUUGCGACUGCUGAACAUAGCGUGUGCAGCCAAAGCUAAGUGGAGACAGAUUACUCUGCAGAAGGCGUCCAGGGAGACGCCGCUGUACUUCAGCGUGCAGGGCGGCAGCGAGAGAGGAUUUGGCGUCUUCGUUGAGUCGGUGGAACCGGGGAGCAAGGCCGCAGAGACGGGACUCAAGCGAGGAGAUCAGAUCAUGGAGAUCAACGGUCAAAACUUUGAGAACAUUUCUAUCACCAAAGCUGUCGACAUUCUCAGAAACAACACACACCUCUCUCUCACCGUCAAGACCAACAUAUUUGUCUUCAAAGAGCUCCUCAGCAGGAUCGUGCACGAGAAGAAGAACGGCGGCCCUCACAUUCCCAAGAUCCAGGAGAAGAAAGGCAACCGCUUCUCCAUUCCCGACCUUCCCGGAGACAUGGAGUUCCCUACGGACCACAAGAGCACCAGGAAAAUGAAAGCGAACACCGUGUCAGGGGGACGGAACAAGAUCCGAAAGAUGCUGGAGAAGACGCGCUUCAGCAUACUGCCGCCAAAACCAUUCAGUGAUGGUGGGAUGGGUCAGUCUCAGGACGACAGCAUUGUGGGUACCAAGCAGUGUCGUCACAGCGUGGCCAUCAUGCCGAUCCCCGGUAACCUGUCAUCCAGCAGCCCCGACCUGCUGCAGCCGGCCACCAGCGUCCUCGACUUCUCCAACCCUGCAGCCCUGGGACUCUACUACAUCCCCGACCAGGUGAUCCGGGUGUUCAAGGCUGAUCAGCAGAGCUGCUACAUCAUCAUCAGCAAGGACACUACAGCCAAGGAUGUGGUCGCCCACACUGUCAAUGAGUUCGGCCUCAUCGCUGCACCUGAGACCUACUCCCUGUGUGAGGUGUCAGUCAGCCCCGAAGGAGUCAUAAAACAACGCCGCCUUCCCGACCAGCUCUCCAAACUGGCUGAUCGGAUUCAGCUCAACGGCAGAUACUACCUGAAGAACAACAUGGAGACUGAGACGUUGUGUUCAGACGAUGAUGCUCAGGAUCUCCUCAGAGAGAGUCAGAUCACUCUGCUGCAGCUCAGCACCAUGGAGGUUGCCGCCCAGCUCUCCAUGAGAGACUUUGAGCUCUUCAGGAACAUCGAGUCCACAGAGUACGUGGAUGACUUGUUCAAACUAGACCCAUCCAUGGCGAGUGGUAAUCUGAAACAGUUUGAAGAGGUGAUAAACCAGGAGACCUUCUGGGUCGCUACAGAGAUCCUGAAGGAACCCAAUGCCAUGAAGAGGAUGAAGACCAUCAAACACUUCAUCAAGAUCGCCUUACACUGCCGGGAGUGCAAGAACUUCAACUCCAUGUUCGCUAUUAUCAGCGGUCUGAACUUGGCACCGGUGGCACGGCUGCGCAGCUCUUGGGAGAAACUGCCCAGCAAAUAUGAGAAGCUGUUCGGGGACCUGCAGGAUGUUUUCGACCCGUCCAGGAACAUGGCCAAGUACAGAAACAUCCUGAGCAGCCAGAGCAUGCAGCCACCCAUCAUCCCACUGUUCCCAGUGGUCAAGAAGGAUCUCACCUUCUUGCAUGAAGGCAAUGACUCCAACGUGGACGGUCUUGUAAACUUCGAGAAGCUGAGGAUGAUCGCCAAGGAGAUCAGGCAUGUGGUGCGGUUGACGUCAGCCAACAUGGACCCUGCACUCAUGUUCAGACAGAGGAAGAAGAGGUGGAAGAGUUUAGGGUCUCUGAGUCAGGGCAGCACCAACUCCAACAUGCUGGAUGUGCAGGGUGGAGCCCAUAAGAAGCGAGUACGUCGCAGCUCGCUCCUCAACGCUAAGAAGCUGUACGAGGACGCUCAGAUGGCUAGAAAGGUGAAGCAGUACCUGUCCAACCUGACGGUGGAGGCGGACGAGGAUAAACACCAAAUCAUGUCCCUGCAGUGUGAGCCGUCCUACAGCACCUUAUCAAAAAACUUGAGUGAAAGACGCGCCACAAAGUCAGACAUGUCUCCGGUGUCUCUGCGCUCGGCUCUGCCUUCAGGGAAAACCCAGAACAGGGUGUCGCAAGUCCUCCAGGUCCAGGUCCCACUGAACCCGCUACGAAAGAGGAGCACUGCCAAGGACAUCGGAACAUCUAACUCCAACUCUCCCCAGGUGGUAAAGAAACCUCCGGUGACUUCUUCAGAGGAGUGGAGCACAAAGAGACCGUCUGAUGACACCGUCUCCACCAUCUCCUCUCUACACUCCAGCCCCACGGUGUCGCCGCAGGGCUCCCCUCGCAAAGUUGGUGGAGUGGCCAAGUCCCACAACUCCAGCCAGAUGAACUUGUCGGGAUCCUCUUCGUCACUCACCAGUGACGUCAGCACAAAGGCCGGCACUAUCAGCCUGCGCAGCUACGGCAUAGGUUACUCCCUCCUUCCAGCCGGUAAAGCAGACAACCUGUCAGACUCGAGUCACAGUGAGAUCUCAUCCCGCUCCAGUAUCUGUUCAGUUGACUCAGUGCCAGCUCCAGGACUUGAGGAUCGGUGUAGCAGCAGCAGGACCUGCUCUUCUUCUGCAUCUAGUAAUACUACAAAUACAACCAUGACAUCUGCUGCAGUUCCUGAGAGCACAGCAGCCUUGCACUUAAAUGCUGAAUACAACCAGCCCAGCACAAGCAGUUCCUCGUCCUUGGCCCGGGGAUAUGUAACACGAGCCUCCACCUUCACCUCCUCCACCUCCACAGAGGAGCUGACCCCGGACCACACCUCUCUGGACUCAGUGGCAGACAGUGGCCGAGGCAGCUGGACUUCCUGCUCCUCCAACUCCCACGACUCCUUCCAAAGCCUCCCCAUCUCCUCCUGCCGGCCCUGGGACCACGGCAUUCACGGACACCCGCUCUCCCUCCCCCACACGCACCUGGGCACUUUCAAGCACACGCAGCUGGCAGGGCCAAUAGCGGAGGUGGAGGCCGCUGCAGCCGCUCACACCUGGACAAAUGAGGACUCUUCUGUCAAGCAUCACUCCAGAGACUCCAGCUCAGAUCUGUCCAAUCAGUCGCGGCAGAGCUGGGCGUCAUCCAGCUCGCUGUCGGACACCUAUGAGGGGAAUUAUGGGACGAUAAAGCGGAGAAACACCACGGAGAACCCCUCCUCUCCCACCAAUGAGGAAGGAGGGCAAAGCACAGACCCUGUCUACAAAACGGUGACGUCAAGCACAGAGAAGGGCCUGAUAGUGUAUUGUAUCACCUCCCCUGCCAAGGAUGAGCGUUAUCGAGCUCCCCCUCCCACCCCUCCAGGCUACCAAGGUCUGGCUCUGGGGGAUCUCGGCCUCACAGACGGAGUCGUAGGAGGGCCAGGAGGUCUCCUCCCCAGGCCUCCUCACCUCAGACCUCCAGACUACAGCGUGGCGUUGCAGAGGAGCAAACUCCUGCAGAGCCCCGGAGCAGCAGGGGGUCUGGCUGAGGCUCGGAGGCUGGCUGCUAACCAUCAUCUCCAACAAGAGGGCCGAACUGGAGGCUCCAUCCAGGACCACUCCAGACCGCCCAGCAUCUGCCUCCCAGCACAGGAGCUGGCUGACAGUGAGGAGGAUGAACAAGUGUCGGCAGUGUAGGGACCGUGACGUCACACUCACACACGGACCAAGUGGUGUUGAUCAGGACUGAGGGAGCAGCCUGUCAUUAGAGCACAUUUCCCCCCCCCCCCUCCCUGGACCAUAAUGCACCUGUGUAGACCUGAGCAAGGGGGGUCGGUGUGACCUCUGACCUCCCAGGACUCGUACAUUCACCUCUUUUUAAGCCCAUUUCACAAAACAAAGAACAAAAAGAAGAUUUUAGACUUUUUACAUACUCUUGAACAAAGCUGGUUGACAAGCGUUAAAAAGGACAGAAGACGGAAAGAGUGAUGAUGAUGUUGAUGAUGACGACGUCUCAUGAGAAGAAGUCAGCCUCUUUGAAAACAGACCAUGUACCUCCAUUUUGCACUCCAAGCUCUCGUGUCUAAAGGUGUUUCGCUUUAUAAAAAAAAUAGUUUUAACAUGUUGUACAGAUAAUGCUUCUUCUUUUUAUUGACAUCUCUGAGCUUUGCAAAGUUUUACAUGAAAUAGUUAUGAGGAGCAUGCAAAGGGAUUCAAGUCUGUAGUCCAUAGUGUAAGAAUAAGCAAAGGUGUACAUUUAUUUUUUUGGUUAUUGUUUGCAGUAAGCUCAAACAAAGAUGAAUGUUAAAUGAUGAGAGACACAGAAAGCAGAUUUAACUUCUUAUGAGGGUCUUUGUCUGGGCUUAUCAGACCCUGGCACUGAUGUUGUAAAUCACAUAAAUCUUUUUUUUUUUUCACACCAACACAUCAAAUGCUGAAACAAACAGCUACAAAACCAACUUCAUAAGAAAAGAUACUUUCACCUUUGACUGAAUUUUAGGUCAGGAAAGCCACAUAGAGCCCCUAAACACAGUUUAACACAGUUUAUCUAAAGAGAACUCCUGAAGUAGCAAAGUGCAUGUUUGUUUGUGUUUACCACUUAUUGGACUUUUCAGCUUUAUCGACGAAAAGAGAGAGACAAACAGCAUCUCUCAGGCAGUUCAGCGUCUCUGCCAACAGGCCGCCUCUCUUAUUGCUCGUUCAGUCUGAUGCGAGGUACUUUAGCGGCAUGCUGCCUCCUGGAUGUUCUAUAAAAAACUGUAUUAUAACUUGUUUUUAAUGAGCUGAAGAACAAAUGCCUCGCUGCUUCCUGUAGAGUAAAACGUCGUUAUUGCAGCAGCUAUCAUAAAAACAAUAAAUUAGCACUGUGUGGUCGCACAGCGUGCAUGUAUACACACACACACACAAACACACACAUCAUGAGAUAAAUUACAGUGUUUACACCGACGCUUACAUGUUUUGUUUACAGUGUUUAUUAGACUAGUUGUCUAUUGAUUUACAAGCUGAAAUGUUGAAGCGUAAUACUCCGGGUUUAUUUGACCUUGUAAAUUUGUUUAUAAUGCAGCAGGAAUGUGAGAUGCAGCAUAAAAAUUUGACAAUGCGCUCAGUGUACCUCUCAUAUCGUUUUUGGUUUUUUUCUGCUUCUUAUUUAAAAGGACGAGCAACAAAACAAGUCGACAGAUCAUGUGUUUAUAACGCCUGGCUUGCAUCUCCUUUCAUGUGCAUAGACAAUUCUGUAGAAUAUUUAAAGGAUUUGCUUGAAAAUAGUUUAUUUGUAUUGAAAGCAGAAGAAAACGUGUACAUUCUGAGUCAAGUUUAGGGAACAUGGUGUUUUCUCUGCAGUGCAGCAGGGGCAGAACUGGAAUCUUCUCUCCUUAUUGUGUAUCUUGCGCUCUGUGAUGCUUCUUUUCUUUACUUUUGCCACACAAAGACUUGAAAUGAUUGAUGCUAAUAUAUACAUGGCAUAUAUAUAUAUAUAGGAAUUUAUACACAAUUUUUUUGUUUCUUUGCCAUAAAUUAAUUUGAACUGAUCAUGUAUAGAUGAGUACAGAGAGUCCUCUAUAAAGGCUAUUUUUAAAUAUUUUGUUAUAAGAAAUAACCCGAGGUUGUGAUUGCCCCGUGUCGUCGGGCAGGAGUCUUUUAAGGAAUUGAUCCUAGUUUUUCUUUUCUUUUUGUGUGUGUGUGUGUGUGUGUGUGUGACUUGUUUUUUCUCCCCUCACACUCACUGUUGUUGGUGCCAUUUCUGCUCUGUCUAUAACCAUAAUUGCUGCUGUGUUUUGGGAUAUGACUGUGUGUGAAUGUGUGUGGGUGUGUGUGUGUGUGUGUUGUGGAAUUAUAUUUGUGAGGUUGAAAUCAACAUAGCCUUUUGUUUUUAAUACCGUCUUGAUUCAGCACAUAAGGAAAGGCUCAGAAGUCAUUUUCAAUGAAAGCCCGUCUUAGCUCGCAGCUUUGAUUACUCUUGCCUGCAGAACAUUGGGCCCUUGUGGGACUCUUUUUUUUUUGGAACAAGACUAUCUUCUUCAAACUCUGACUGGAUGAUUUAGAGGACUUUUUGACGAUGUUUUUGAUGACAGCUCAGUCUGUUUGAAUUUAACACAACAAGCCCUGUCAUGAUGGUGACUAUUAUCUGGUGUCUCUCCCCUCAACACUGUCAGCUCUGCAGGACUCUUUGACCCUGCUUGACUCAUAUGAUGGAGUUCACUGAAUCCAUUGUGACCCUAACCCAAGUCCCCUUUCUUUAAUAACAAUAGUAGAAAUGUUGUUACAGACGGAGUCAGAAACUGAAAGCUACUUUUUUGUCUUUCCUCUUUUUUUGCACAUCUGAAUUCCUCAGAUUCUUUACCGUAAAUCAGUAUUAAUGUUCUGCACGGACGAUUUAGAAAAUAACUGAAUAUACAAACUGGCCCUUAUGUCAUGAAUGUGAUAGAUUUUAGUCAGAGGAAACUCUGUUUUUAUUUUACCUGGCCUGCUUUGAAAUGUUUGGAUGAGAGUGAAACAUCAGGUAACACAUUUAGCUUUUGUCUGUCUCUCCUUUAAUGUUGUUGUUUCUCGGAGAAGUCCUAACUACAAGAAGGGUUGUUUUCAUGGAGGAUCUGGCAGUGAGCAGCUCUUGGCACUGUGAACGAAACUAGUCAGUGUUUUUUACAACGUUAAGACUGGAGAGGAUAAACUUUACGUCUCUCGUAGCUUCUGAAAAUAUCUGCCUGAUACUAAAGACCCAUCCCCCCCUCUCAUUUCUUCUCCUCGUCCUGCCAUGUUUCCUGGAAUGCAAUAAGAGAGAUGUGAAUGUGUUUUGUUAUUUAGACAUCUUUUGGCAUUACAGCAGAAAUGCACAACAAUAAGCUUCAAUAUGUGGUGAGUGUGCUGCACAAUCUGUACAAAGAGGUAUUAUUAACUUGGUCUGUGGCUUAAAGUUUGCUUCACACUUCUCAUAGCUGUUGUAACUUAUGUCUUUUAGAAAGACAACAUGAUUUUGCUCGUAUGCUUUUUAUGUAUUUUUUACGAGUGAUUGUAAAUAGUUGUUAUAUUUUUGUUUAAGAGAAUGUUUGAAAAUAAAAAAAGAACUUUUAUUUCUCCAAGUCUACUGAUCUGAAUUUGGAAAAUGAAUAAAAUGUAAACCAAC